AUCGGAAAUAAUGAGUAAAUUGCUUCUUUGCUAGCACUGUAGCACCUCACCGCUUUUUGCUUGCUUCCAAAUAUUUUGUAUUCAAUUUUUCGAUAUUGUAUUCAUUGAUGAAGGAGUCCUUGAUGUUAUUAUCUCAGCAUAGCCGUAGCUCAGGCUGCGAGAAUUCUUGGUCACGUGAUUGUUACAGGUUCUGGAAUAGACUUGGCCUUUGCGCAGGCAUGUCUUCAGGCUUAAAACUUUUGAGGUUUUUGCACGGAAAGCAAGUGUAAAUGGAAAUCAUCUGGAGGGACAAGCUUUUGGACCUUCAAAUUACAGACAAGUGAUGACUCAGUUACCCGAUGAGAAUAUGUGAUUGAAGUGGUCACAUCCUUAUUAUUUGCCUUCAAAUAUUUGAUUUAUGAUUUACAAUGUGGUUGGUUAAUGGCAGAUGGCUCAACCAUCAGUGCUGCUCAAGAAGCAAUUACUGAUCAAGCAAUACCAUGACUGAAUCAGAGGCUAGGGAAAUUCUUGGUUCAAGGAGCAUUCAUCACGGGAGGAUGCAUUGCAGUGUAGAUUUUCCUCCGGGGGCAUAUAAUAAUUGCAUUAUAAGAAGAAAGGACCAAAGAGAGAGGAGGAGCACUUCAUACUUCUCCCCUGUGAACUAGCUUCCAUAUGAAAGGAUUGACGAAACUGGCCAACCAUUUGACGGUAUUUUAUCUAAGGAUAAUAACAAGGGACACAUUUCACGUGCCAGGGAUAUAUGACACACAUUACACAGGUAACUGUCUUCUUUACUCUCGUAUUUACCUUGCAUAGCAUGCAAAUGCAUUCGCCGUCAAUCAGAAGCUGGUUGAUGAACGCCGUUCGACUAGCUAGGUUAGUUAAAAAUAGCAAAGAUGAACAAGGAGAUGGUGAUAAGUGUUUAGAAAUAAAAAAUAAGCUUGAAACUUUUAGGUACAAAGAGUGUUAAGGCUAGCUCUAUAUAUCGUUGUAAGACUUGGAGGAAAGGAAAAAUUGGAUGGCAUUGAAGCGGGUGAAAUUCACUAAAUUUUUUAUUAGACCUUAACAACCAUUGGCUGUAAAUAUAAUGUAAAUUUACGGAAGACUAUGUUUGACGACUUUUCAACCAAAUGGACGAAUUAGAUUGAUUCCUAAUGUACUAGGAAUAAUAGAUCUUCUCGUCACUUUUGAUGAUAACUUUUGUAGUAAAUUCUUCUUCUUCAACUACAAAUCAGGUUACUAUAAUUUUUUUUUUUUUUUUUAUCUUCUAACUGUAAAAAAUUUCGGAAGGACCAAGAUAUUUCAAUAGAAGAACUUAAAGCUAAUGUUUUAGUGCGGCCCUGCUAGUGAUAAUAGUAGCAAUACCUCGCAUAAUUUCAAACAAUAGCUAGAUUCUUAUGAAUUUUCUAAAAAUAUACAGAUUUUUUUCUAUAAUUCUAUUACUAUUAUUAGGUUAGUUAAUUUUCCUAUCCUGGUCUAAAUAAGCUUAUCAUUUACUAAAAUAUCUCAAAUCUAGAACUAGGAUUCAUUUAAGCUAAUAUACUAAGGCAAUUUAUGUAUAGGUUUGAACAUAAUUAUGUGAUUAUGGACAUAAUUAAUAAGCAUCCAGUUAUAAUGAUCUACUGAUUAAUUGUGUAAUUAAUUUGUAGUUCGAUCUAUUUUAUGAUAUGUACUAUAAACAGCCAACAAUAGAUAUUCAUUUGACAACUCGUCUAAUAAGAUAUCGUAAUAGAAAUUAUAAAAAUAUCUGUCUGUUUUUAAAAAUAUUCCAUAAAAGCUGAUUGCACAAACUUAAAUAUGCCAGGUAUAUAUUGCUACUAUUCUCACUACGUGACAGAAGCCUUGAGGGUAGAGGGGUAAAUGUCCCUCACACAAACCUUCUGUUGAAACAAUUUGAUUUUUUCAAAAUUAUUUACUGCUAAAAGACAAACAUCAAAAUUACAGCAAUGUGAUUUGUAAUAAAAGCCAGAUUACAAAAUAUCAUCAGAUUACAAUGAUAAAAUCUACGAUCAAUCUCAUCCGUCCAUUUGGUUGAAAAAUAGUCAAACAUAAUCUCUGUUACAUUUACUUUGCAUUUUCAGCAAUGGUUUCUGAAGUAAUCUAGUGGAAGUAUAGUGGACUCCACUUCAAAACCAUCAAAUUUGUUUUUUCUUUCCUCCUUAAUUAGUCUCACCACUAUAUCUAGAGCUAAUCUGAACACUCUUUCUAUCUGGCAGUUUCAAGUUUCAUUCUAAUUUCUACACACACAUAGAUCAUCAUCUCUCGUUUAUUUUUUCUGUCUUUUGUUAACCUACCUAUUCCAAUGGCAUCCAUCAAUCCACUCCCGAUUGAUGGCGAAGGUGUUUGCAUGCUAUGCAAGGAAACGCCAUCUCGAGAAAAAACAGUCACCUGCAUCACGUGUGUCAUGCCGUGGCACAUGAAUUGCCUGGAAAAUCCGCCUGUUACGUUAACGUCCGUCGUUAAUUUCAAAUGCCCCUACUGUGCCGGGGUGGGUCUCGGAGGGGCAUCUCUAGGCGGAGAACUAGUGGCGAAGAUUCGGGAGAUCGAAGCGGAUAUCUCGAUGACGGAAGAAGAAAAAUCGAGAAAGAGACAAGAUAUCGUCAGUGGGAAACAACUGCAGAUUAAUGAGAAUGAGAAUGAGAAUGAAGAGGCAGAGGAUGAAGAAAGAGAUGUGUUGGCUCUGCUUGGUGAAAGCAUCAAAUGCCCCUUUUGCUAUAUGCUUCCAGAUAGGCCCGUCACGACAUCCUGUGGCCAUAACUUUUGCUUAAAGUGCUUCAAAAAAUGGAUUGGUCAAGGUAAGGAGACGUGUGUCAAGUGUCGCAGUCAAAUUAGUCGCCAAAUGAUUAAUCAACCACUUAUAAACUCGGCAUUAGUGACAGCCAUAAGAAUGGCCAAGGAAUCUAGAAAGAAUAAUGCCCCUAGAAGGCCUCAAGCAGCCUAUCCUCAGGCGAAUCAGGAAGACCGCCCUGAUAACCCGUUUAUUAGGGAAGGAGCAGCUAAAAGAGCUGGAAUGGCUAAUGCAUCAAGCGGGAGGAUAUUCGUGGCCAUCCCUUCAGAUCAUUUUGGGCCAAUAUUGGCGGAGAAUGAUCCGGAGAGAAAUCAAGGUAUUUUGGUCGGGGACUCAUGGACGCAUCGUUUGAAUUGCAGGCAAUGGGGUGUGCAUUGGCCCCAUGUUGCCGGAAUUGCAGGACAAGCAAAAUAUGGUGCACAAUCCGUGGUGCUCUCAGGUGGCUAUGAAGAUGACGAGGACCACGGAGAAUGGUUUCUCUACACAGGAAGCGGAGGAAGGGAUCUAAGUGGCAACAAAAGGACGAAUAAAGAUCAAUCAUUUGAUCAAUUAUACACCAAUUCCAACGAAGCUUUGAGAGUCAGUUGCAAACAAGGCUAUCCAGUUCGUGUUGUUAGAUCCCACAAAGAAAAGCGUUCAUCCUAUGCCCCUCAAGAGGGUCUUCGUUAUGAUGGUGUUUACAGGAUAGACAAGUGUUGGAGGAAACUGGGGAAACAGGGGUACAAGAUGUGUAGGUACUUAUUUGUGAGAUGUGACAAUGAACCUGCUCCAUGGACGAGUGAUGGGCAUGGGGAUAAGCCUCGGCCCUUGCCAGAAAUUCCUGAACUUGAAGAGGCACUUGACAUUUUUGAGAGGACUGACACUCCUUCAUGGGAUUAUGAUGAUGGAGAAGACAAGUGGAAGUGGAAGAAGCCACCACCGCCCAGCCAGCAGAGAGUAAUUGAAGGAAGUCCAAAGGAUGGGAAGAGAGCUAGGAAGACACCAAAGAAAUUAUCUUUGAAGCAGACACUCUUAAAAGGGUUCAGCUGUGUACUUUGCAAGAAUGUGUUGACUCAACCGGUGACCACGCUCUGCGCUCAUAACUUUUGCAAAGGUUGCCUUGAGGAAGCAUUUAAAGGACAAGCGUUUGUAAAGGAAAGGGAAUGUCAUAAUGGGCGAAAACUUCGCUCAAAGAAGAAUUUUAUGAAAUGCCCCUCCUGCUCACUUGAUAUCUCUGAAUUUUUGCAGAAUCCUCAGGUUAAUAGAGAGCUGGAGGAUGCCAUAGGGAAACUACAAGAGGAAUUUCAUGAAAGUGACAAUGAUAAAGAAGAUGUAAAGUAAGAUAGUUCAGAAAUUGGAAUGUCUAAUGAUGAGACAAGAGCGCACAAGAAAAAGAAAAUAGAUGCUGGGGAAUGCUCAACAAAUAUUGGAGUUUAGUGAAUUGAUCCUUAUAUAUGACUAAGGAAAGAGCUAUACGGCUUUGACAUUAUUGUGCAUUAUGGUGUCUCGUUAUCCAUUUUUGAAUCUUAGUUGCUAGGAUUUAUAGAUUGACCUUUCUUUACUUAUUUAUAUAUAGAUUUAUCCUACUACAGAUCAUUUACUUUGUUAAGAAUUGUGUUGAGUCUUUUCAUUUUCUUUUCAAUUACAAAGAAUUAUUUAUUUGCUUUU